UGUGGUGACGGUGGCCGAGGUGUCAAGCGGAUCUGAAGAGUGGCGGGAUUCCCUUUUCUUCCUUCGUGGUUUCCUGGCUGGGAAGAGCUCUCAGGCCCCUGACCUACCGCAAAGGCGUUUCCUGAUCCUCGGGUGCAGUGUCGGCCCCAACAUCAAGAGCUUACCCUCGGGGCCGAAAGAGCAGUGGACCAUGCCCCUCCUAACCCAACAGAUCCAAGAUGAGAAUGAGAACAGCUUAGUGGCCAGCCUUGACAACGUCAGGAAUCUCUCUACUAUCUUGAAAGCUAUUCAUUUCAAAGACUUUGCCACAUGUUUCGCUACUAAAAAUGGAAUCAAGGUUACAGUGGAAAAUGCAAAGUGUGUGCAAGCAAAUGCUUUUACAGGGACUUUAACUGCACUUCGAAUGUGUUACCAAGGCUAUGGUCACCCUUUGAUGUUAUUUCUGGAAGAGGGAGGAGUGGUAACGGUCUGCAAAAUCAAUACUCAGGAGCCCGAGGAGACUCUUGAUUUUGAUUUCUGUAGCACCAAUGUUAUUAAUAAAAUUAUUCUGCAGUCAGAAGGGCUCCGUGAAGCAUUUUCUGAAUUGGAUAUGACAAGUGAGGUCCUCCAAAUCACCAUGUCUCCUGAUAAGCCAUAUUUCAGGUUAUCUACUUUUGGAAAUGCAGGAAGCUCCCACCUUGAUUAUCCCAAAGAUUCUGAUUUGAUGGAAGCAUUUCAUUGUAAUCAGACCCAGGUUAACAGAUACAAGAUUUCUUUACUGAAACCCUCUACCAAGGCAUUAGUUUUAUCUUGUAAGGUAUCUAUUCGGACAGAUAACCGGGGAUUCCUCUCAUUACAGUACAUGAUUAGAAAUGAAGAUGGACAAAUAUGUUUUGUAGAAUAUUACUGUUGCCCUGAUGAAGAAGUUCCUGAAUCUUGAAUAUAAAAAUUCAGUAGGUUUAUGUGUAUAUUUAAGAAAGAUUAUGUUCUCAUUUUGAGUACAAUACUCAUGAUUUCUUGUUGGAUUUUCUAUAGGUCUCUGUAGGCUAACAGUUGUUAUGUAUUUCAUAAAUAAAUGUUUUCAUGUAGACAUAGACUA